CCUGUGAAGCCGUCGCCUGGCGCUUUCUCUCCUGCGAGCGCCGAGAAACGAGCUCGGAAGCCGUUCGUCCUGAACCGCCGCAGCGCGCAGGCUUGCGGUCCGAAAAUGCGCGAUUUGAGACGGCGAGCGCAGAGAUUCGGGUCGGGAAUCCCCCCGGUAAAACUGCUGCCGGUGGACAGACGCUGGUCGGCCGCUCUCUUCGCCAUGUCGCCCGGAGGUCGCCUGUACGCGCUGCUGCUCUGUCUGUGUCCCACCUUGCAAGCCCAGUCGGAGACUCCCGUCUUCGUCAGGGUAACAGAGGGGCAGGGGGCCACUCUGCCCUGUGAGAUAAAGCAGCGCGUCUCCAGGGAGGAGCUCAGCGUGAUCUGGGAGACCCCCGAGGAGAGGGUCUUCACCCUGAUCAAGGGGACGCCUCGAUAUGGUGCAGGGUUCGAGAACCGAGUGAACUUUGAAAGCGCGAACAGAGUCGCCGAUGGGGACCUCUCCCUCAACAUCAGUGGGAUACGAGUGGCGGACAGAGGAGUCUACAGCUGCUACUGGACUCGGGACAGCCACACUCUGCGGUUCGCGUGCAGCGUCGUGGUGGCUGUCGCAGAGAGAGGCCAUUUGGAUCGCGACCCCACUUCAAAUCUUGGAUCAGAGGCAGAGAGCUCAACUCCAAGCAAUCCAACCACCCCCCCUGCGGAAACAGGUGUGAGAAACAGGGAAUACCACUGGAUCAUUCUUCCAGUUGCUGCUACAGCAGUAGCUACGCUGGUGCUCGCUCUUGUGUUUGUGGUGCUGAUGAAGAAGAGGAUCACAAAGCUGGGGGAACUGAAACAGCAGAGAGGACUUACAGCCGUGACAGUUGUAUCAGAUGAAGAUUUCUCUGCCAUUAAAAAGAAUCUGCUCUCCAACGGACACCUCCCUUCGUCUGGGCCUGCAGAGCUCUCCAGUGGACACCUCACUGCCACCAAAGACCCCCUCCUGUUGUGACUGUGUGCUGAGACUCUGUCCCCUGUCCAGCUCCAGACUCUCAGCUGUCCAGCUCCUCUAGACUGGUCACUCUGUGUGACGGUCAGCUCCCUGCUGUCCCCUGUCCUCUGCUCCGGAGUGGACACUCGUAACUCGCCAUCGGAGCCCUGCUGCCUGCACCAGGGCAUGCUGGGACGGCGGCCCCCUGACCGAGGAGGAGGAGGAGGAGGGGUCAGAGUGCGGGCCGCAGCCUGGCUGCCCGGGUGCUGUUUAACUCCGCCGGGCCGCGUCCCGCCGGUCCCAAGCCCGGAUGGAGGAGGAGGGAGGGCGGCAAAGGCGAUGUAGCGGGAGAACGAGUGGAAGACGGGGGAGCGUUUGGGGGGCAGUGCGGCCCGCGAUACACUCGCGCUGAGCGCCACUUCAGCCUUUUUAUUGUCGAUAUUAGCCACUUGACUCCGGGGCUGUCGGACCCAGCGCUGUCCUGCAAGCACAGGAUAUUAAGGAACAACUAAUAGGUUUAUUCCUGCUCUCCACAGGGAAGGGCGGUGACGUCACCGCACCGUCGAGCCGGCUCGCAUGACCUCUUAUGUCACAAGAGAUGGGUUUACUCCAGGCUGAAAAAAAGAAGAAAGAGAACACAACGUUUCGGAUGUCGAACCUUCUUCACACCUCACACCUGAAGAAGG